AAUUCACACUCUAUCGUGGGAAAGCAAGAACCUCAUCCCCAUCUGAAUUAUUUUUUUUUAAACUGACUUGUAAAAGGUGAAGCUAAAUGGCGGUGGCCUUCCGUGGAGGCCGGAACGGCGUCGGAUCAGGACUCCGCAGUUUCUUCUCGUACAGGAUCUUCAUCUCCGCCUUGUUCUCUUUUCUCUUCCUCGCCACCUUCUCCGUCGUCCUCAACUCCUCUCGUCACCAACCUCACCUGGAUCACACAUUGCCGAGGACGUUUCAAUCGGAUCCGUUGAAAACGAGGUUAGAUCUGAUCCACAAGCAAGCCACCGAUCACCUCACGCUUGUGAACGCCUACGCUGCUUACGCUAGGAAGCUCAAGCUCGACGCGUCGAAGCAGCUGAAGCUCUUCGAAGAUCUGGCGGUUAACUUCUCCGAUCUGCAGGCCAAACCUGGAUUGAAGCUCGAAAACGGGAACGCGAUCGAGGAGGAUGCGUUUCGGCAGAUCGAGAAAGAGGUUAAAGAUAAGGUGAAGACGGCGAGGAUGAUGAUCGUUGAGUCUAAAGAGAGUUACGAUACACAGCUCAAGAUCCAGAAGCUCAAGGAUACGAUCUUCGCUGUUCAAGAACAGUUGACGAAAGCUAAGAAAAACGGCGCCGUUGCGAGCUUGAUCUCGGCUAAGUCGGUUCCCAAGAGUCUUAACUGUUUGGCUAUGAGGCUUGUUGGUGAGAGGAUCUCUAACCCUGAGAAGUAUAAGGAUGCUCCGUUUGAUUCGGCUGUUGAGGAUCCGAGUCUUUAUCACUACGCGGUUUUCUCUGAUAAUGUGAUUGCUGUUUCCGUUGUGGUGAGGUCGGUUGUGGUGAACGCUGAGGAGCCGUGGAAGCAUGUGUUUCAUGUGGUGACUGAUAGGAUGAAUCUCGCGGCUAUGAAGGUUUGGUUUAAGAUGCGUCCUUUGGACCGUGGUGCUCGUGUUGAGAUUAAGUCGGUGGAGGAGUUUAAGUUCUUGAACUCUUCGUAUGCGCCGGUCUUGAGGCAGUUAGAGUCUGCUAAGUUGCAGAAGUUUUACUUUGAGAACCAGGCGGAGAACGCGACUAACAUCAAGUUCAAGAACCCGAAGUAUCUCUCGGUGUUGAACCAUCUGAGAUUCUACUUACCGGAGAUGUAUCCGAAGCUGAAUAAGAUCUUGUUCUUGGACGAUGAUGUUGUGGUGCAGAAGGACGUGACUGGCUUGUGGAAGAUUAAUUUAGAUGGGAAGGUGAAUGGAGCUGUUGAGACGUGCUUUGGCUCUUUUCAUCGAUAUGGUCAAUACUUAAACUUCACUCAUCCUCUGAUUAAAGAGAGCUUUAACCCCAAUGCUUGUGCUUGGGCCUUUGGGAUGAAUAUAUUUGAUCUCAAUGCUUGGAGGCGUGAGAAAUGCACUGAUCAAUACCAUUACUGGCAGAACUUGAAUGAAGACAGAAGUCUCUGGAAAUUAGGCACUCUGCCUCCGGGACUGAUGACAUUCUAUUCAAAGACGAAAUCACUGGACAAGUCAUGGCAUGUGCUUGGGUUAGGCUACAACCCAGGAGUGAGCAUGGACGAGAUUAAAAAAGCAGCAGUGAUACAUUACAAUGGAAACAUGAAACCAUGGCUCGACAUUGCUAUGAACCAAUACAAGUCUCUCUGGACUAAAUACGUCGACAACGAAAUGGAGUUUGUGCAGAUGUGCAAUUUUGGUCUUUAAAGAAAGAUAUCGAUGAAGAGUGUGAUUGCAUGAGGUCAUUUGGAUGAGGAAUUAAAUGUGAUGUGAGUGAGUUUGUAUGCUUCUGAAACUGAUUUAUAGUAUACAAUACCAGUAAAUUUGAUUUGUAUGAACAAUUUGAAUUGGAGAAGAAGUGUUCGGUUAAUAUAUUUCAAAACUUUAUGGGCUUUCAAGGAUUUUUGUGUUGUUGGUCGUUUAA